AUGAUUAGCAGAUGCCCGGGAUUUCGAAUACAGCCGGAUUGGGACAGAAGUAUUACGGCAGGCGAAGGUGAAAUUUGGUUUCAUCAAUAUGAAGAUGGGGUUACAAAGUAUCAUAAAUUAGAAAGACAAGGUUCAGAUUUCAUUCCCAGCGCAGACGGUUGCCAAUGCUAUUAUUAUCCUCCGAAUAUCCUGCAAAUUCGUUCGGCGACGACCGGGGUGAAACGCACAUUUCAAUCUCCAGAUCUCGUGAUUCAGUUGCCUUAUUCCAAAGAAAGACCGCGCGUUCUCGAAGGUCACGUGGCUGAGAUAUAUAGAUGUCGUUUCUUUCCGUCGGGGUUAGCUGCAAUAACUGCGGGUGCUGACAUGCAGUUGAAAAUCUGGUGCCUGCUGACCGGUCGUUGCGCAGCAACGUUGGCUCCUGGACUUGCGGGUGGUGUCACUGGUGUCCAACCGAAUUCAAAUGAACCUGGCGGACAUAGAGCAGGUGUUAUGGACAUGGGUAUCAUUCAUCGCGGACGAAACAUUGUAUCUGUGGAUCGAGCUGGCUGGUUGCGACUUUGGGAUGUAGGCACACAGGCACUGUUGAUGAUCUUGGAUGUAGGUUCCCCUCCUUGGGAGAUCGUUAAUUCCCCACAUGACAAACCUCGGUCCAUGCUCUUUAUCGGUUAUCACGAAUAUCAACGCCUUUAA